AUGCUGAAGCUAUUAGUUACCGGCGAUGGCAUUUAUAGUCUUCACCAGAAACGGAAGCGUGUAUCUGAACCAAGUAGCCCGGGUGGUGUCAUUGACGCUUCUUUCAGUUGUGACAGCUUAAAUGAUUCAUGGACCGUGGCAUCCUCUGUUUCGCUUUCAGUGCAGCCGAUGUUUAAGAGUAGUAGAGCUCAGGAUCAGCAGAUGCGACUUCCUUCUGUGAAUCGCGUGUCUAUUGAUGUCCUUAAUAGCCCUCGUUAA